GCUCCCCGGCCCAGCCCGGCAGCCUCCCUCCCGGCCCGCGCGCCCCUCCCCGGCGGGCCGGGCGCUGGGACACCCGGGCCGAGCAGGCGGCGGCGGCGGCGAGCGGAGGAGCCGGGGGCUCGGCGCUGCCAGAGGGGCCGGAGCCGCGCCGCCCCCGCCCCGCUUCCCGCCCGGCCACGCCCUGUCAAACUUUCGGGCCGCUGCGGCCGCGGGGCCGGGCGCGGGUGCGGGCGGCAGGGGGGGCUCGGAGAGCGGCGGCCCCGGCCCGCGCGGCGGCCCCACCAUGCCCCAGCUCGGCGGCGGCGGAGGUGGCGGCGGCGGCGGCGGCUCGGAGGCCGGGGCGGCCGGAGGAGGGGACGACCUCGGGGCGAACGACGAGCUGAUCCCCUUCCAAGACGAGGGGGGCGAGGAGCAGGAGCCGAGCAGCGACAGCGCCUCGGCGCAGCGGGACCUGGACGAGGUCAAGUCGUCCCUGGUCAACGAGUCGGAGAACCAGAGCAGCAGCUCGGACUCGGAGGCCGAGCGGCGCCCGCAGCCCGCCCGGGACGCUUUCCAGCGGCCGCGGGACUACUUCACCGAAGUGAGAAGGCCCCAGGACGGCGCGUUCUUUAAGGGCCCCCCCUACCCCGGGUACCCCUUCCUGAUGAUCCCGGACCUGAGCAGCCCGUACCUCCCCAACGGACCCCUGUCGCCCGGAGGAGCGCGCACCUACCUGCAGAUGAAAUGGCCCCUCCUUGACGUCCCGUCCAGUGCCACAGUGAAGGACACGAGGUCGCCGUCCCCAGCUCACUUGUCUAACAAAGUGCCCGUGGUGCAGCACCCACAUCACAUGCAUCCGCUGACCCCCCUGAUCACCUACAGCAACGACCACUUCUCCCCAGGCUCCCCUCCUGCACACCUCUCCCCAGAGAUCGAUCCAAAGACAGGAAUCCCCCGGCCCCCUCACCCAUCUGAGCUGUCACCAUACUACCCUCUGUCUCCCGGAGCUGUCGGACAAAUCCCCCAUCCCCUCGGCUGGCUCGUCCCACAGCAAGGACAGCCCAUGUACUCCCUUCCGCCCGGGGGCUUCCGGCACCCUUACCCUGCCCUCGCCAUGAACGCCUCAGUGUCCAGCCUGGUUUCCAGCCGCUUCUCCCCUCACAUGGUGGCCCCCGCCCACCCUGGCCUGCCCACCUCAGGGAUCCCCCACCCUGCCAUCGUCUCCCCCAUCGUCAAGCAGGAGCCAGCAGCCCCCAGCCUCAGCCCAGCAGUGAGCGCGAAAUCACCGGUUGCGAUGAAAAAGGAGGAGGAGAAGAAGCCCCACGUGAAGAAGCCUCUCAACGCCUUCAUGUUAUACAUGAAGGAGAUGCGGGCCAAGGUGGUGGCAGAGUGCACCCUGAAGGAGAGCGCGGCCAUCAACCAGAUCCUGGGAAGGAAGUGGCACAACCUCUCUCGAGAGGAGCAGGCCAAGUACUACGAGCUGGCUCGGAAGGAGCGGCAGCUGCACUCCCAGCUCUACCCAACCUGGUCAGCCCGGGACAACUACGGUAAGAAAAAGAAGAGGAAGAGAGAAAAGCAGCUAUCACAGACCCAGUCUCAGCAACAAGUCCAAGAGGCAGACGGUGCUGUGGCAUCCAAGAGCAAGAAGCCAUGUGUUCAGUACCUGCCCCCCGAGAAGCCCUGUGACAGCCCUGCCUCCUCCCACGGCAGCACGCUCGACUCCCCCGCCACCCCUUCCGCUGCCUUGGCCUCGCCAGCUGCCCCCGCUGCCACCCACUCGGAGCAAGCGCAGCCCCUGUCCCUCACCACCAAGCCAGAGACCCGGGCCCAGCUGGCCCUCCACUCGGCUGCCUUCCUGUCGGCCAAGGCUGCCGCCACAUCCUCUGGCCAGAUGGGCAGCCAGCCUCCCCUCCUCUCCCGGCCCCUGCCCCUCGGCUCCAUGCCCACCGCUCUGCUGACAUCCCCACCAUCCUUCCCAGCCACGCUCCAUGCCCACCAGGCCCUCCCUGUGCUCCAGGCCCAGCCUCUGUCUCUGGUCACCAAGUCUGCCCACUAAGCCGCCCCCUGGCCUAUGCAGGCUGUGAGCGACUCAUCGAGUAGUAGAGAUUCAGAAGAGAAAAAGGAAACUUUAUUGGUCAAUAUUUGACCCCUCUGGACUGUUCUGUAAAGUGACUGGUAACAUCAGCACUUUACAUUUUGUAGAUGUAACCGGUAGCUGACCUUAACGCUUUUUUAAAAAACAAAACAAAACAAACAAAAAAAAAAGAGAGAGAACGGAAAAGUAGUAUGUUACGCUUCCUGUAUGUGCCAUGGUGGAUGGGCCUGGGCAGAAGACAGCUUUCUCUCUACCUCUUUUCUUUUCUGCCCUCCUCCCUCUUCUCUUCAUCUCCCACUUGCCCCAACUCCCCCCCCCACCACUGAGUCUGCAUGGGUGCCGGGGCCAUGAUCUCUUGACCUGGGACCUCCUCAGCUAGACCCCUUUCCUGGUCAUCUCCUACUAACCAACCGAAGGUCUUAUCAUUUGCUGAGGAUCAUGUGUUCUCUGUCUCCUUUGUCCUCUGCCCGGUGUAAGGCUGUCGCCAUGGGAGAAGACAUCACUGCCUGAUUUAUCUUCACCAGCAUCCCCUUUCCCCCAGUGUGACCUAACCUCCUGGCCUCCAAUUUUUGGUAGGGAAAGAGGUCCUCUGAAACGGUUCUCCCCAACAUUUAAAGGGACUCAAGGUGCCUGCCACUUCCUUGGAGGAGAAGCCCGUAUUCCACCCCGUUACCAGUUGAGAUCUUCUCCUGACAGUCCAGCGGGGCAGACGGCAGCACCUGGCUCGCGGCUCUGGCUCUCGUCGUCUGGGUCCCUGCUCCUACAAUCUGCCAAAGUUCUAAAGAUCCUCUUCCCCUUGUCCCAUCACCUCACGUGCUUCUUCUAUGUGUAUUUCUUUUUUGUUUUUAUGGUUUUUUGGAACAAUUUAAACUCCCAGUUGUUUAUUUUCACAAAAGAAAAUAAAAUUGCAGUUGCAAGACCUUU